GAUAGCUGCUAUCUGUUUCUGCCCCCGGGGCACCAGAUAGACUGGAAAAAAGUUACAAAGGAAAAGGGAGCUCUAUUGUGAGGGCAAAACAAAAUAGCUGAGAGAAAUGAAUGGAUGAGACGCAGGGAAAGGAGAAGGGCAGAGGAAGAGAGCCAGAAGCGGGAGCGGGACUGAGAGAAGAGAGGGGAGAAGGCAAGCGGACCUGCUCAGGAGACUGGUUUGACAGGUUUCUCUCCCUGCCUCGCGAACCGCACACAGAAAGAUUGAACAGAGAGAGAGAGAGAGAGCGUGAAGAACUUCUUGAGAGACCGAGAGAAAGAGAGGAGCUGUUCCUCCAGGUGACUCCGCAAAACCAAAAAAUCUGCGGCCAGAGAGAAAGACAGCCGAGAUGACGGAGGAAGGCGAAUUUUACGGAAAGCACGGGGAACCACGGAAACAUGACCCCACAUUCAAAGGCCCCAUUCACAGCAGGGGCUGCACGGACAUAAUCUGCUGCAUCCUGUUCAUUGUGGCCGUGCUGGGCUACUUUGCGGUGGGAAUUCUGGCAUGGACACAAGGUGAUCCCCGGAAAGUGAUCUACCCCACGGACAGCAGGGGGCAGUUCUGUGGGCAGGCAGGUACCCCGCAAGAGAAGAAGCCCUUCCUGUUCUACUUUAACAUCAUAAAGUGUGCCAGCCCUCUGGUGCUGUUGGAGCUGCAGUGUCCGACCACACAGAUCUGUGUGGAAAAGUGUCCCACCAAGUUCAUGACUUUGCUGAAAGUUCAUGCCUUAAAGAAUGAGGACUUUGAGGUCUAUAAGACGUACUGCCAGACGGACGAAGACAUCUCUAAACUGAGCGUUACUGAAAUCCUAAAAUUCGACCUGUGUCCUGCUGUGCUGACCCCGAGUAAACCCUUCAGCCGUCGCUGUCUGCCUGCUGUCGGGAAACUCAACGGAGCCGUUGUCGUGGGGAACGAGACCUCGUUUGACGCUGGGGACGGGAAAACGGUCAAAGCUGACGACCUCCUGGAGGGCGCCAAGAAGUCUAAUGUGGUGGUGGAGGCCCGGCAGGUGGCCAUGAAGAUCUUUGAGGACUACACCCGGUCCUGGUACUGGAUCUUACUUGGCUUGGUGCUGGCCAUGAUCAUCAGUUUGGUCUUCAUCAUCCUCCUCCGCUUCCUGGCUGGGAUCAUGGUGUGGGUCAUGAUCGUCUUGGUCAUCCUGGUCAUUGGAUACGGGAUCUUCCACUGCUACAUGGAGUAUGCCCACCUGAAGGGGGAGCCCGGCGCGGACGUCACCCUGCAGGACCUGGGCUUACAGACAGACUUCUCCGUCUACCUGCAGAUCCGACAGACCUGGCUGGCCUUCCUGAUCAUCCUCUGUAUCGUGGAAGUGAUCAUCAUCCUGCUGCUCAUCUUCCUCAGGAAGCGCAUCCUCGUGGCCAUCGCCCUCCUGAAGGAGGCCAGCAGGGCCAUCGGCUAUGUGAUGUCAUCGCUGUUCUACCCUCUGUUCACCUUUCUCCUCCUGGCGUUGGUGAUUGCGUACUGGGGCAUUACCGCCGUCUUCCUGUCCACCUCGAACGAGGCCGUGUACAAAGUGUUCAACAAGACCGACUGCAAGUACUCCUACAACACCUGUAACCCUGAGAAUUUCUCUACGAGCCUGGAGAAGGCGGCGUGUCCGGACGCCCGGUGCAUGUUCGCUUUCUACGGCGGCGAGUCGUACUACCACAAGUACCUGAUCGCCCUGCAGUUCUACAACGUCUUCCUGUUCUUCUGGUGCGCUAACUUCGUUACGGCGCUGGGUCAGAUGACCCUGGCGGGCGCCUUCGCCUCGUACUACUGGGCCUAUAAGAAGCCCGACGACAUGCCCGCCUUCCCCGUGUUCGCCUCGCUCGGACGCGCGCUCAGGUACCACACGGGCACCCUGGCCUUCGGGUCUCUCCUCUUGGCUCUGGUCCAGACUAUCAGGGUCCUGCUGGAGUAUGUGGACCACAAGAUGAAAGGGACCCACAAUAAAUGCACCAAAUUCCUGAUGUGCUGCUUGAAGUGCUGUUUCUGGUGCCUGGAGAAGUUCAUCAAGUUCCUCAACAGAAACGCCUACAUCAUGGUGGCGAUAUACGGCAAAAACUUCUGCACCUCGGCCAGGGAUGCCUUCUUCCUCCUGAUGAGGAACCUGAUCAGGGUGGCAGUGUUGGACAAGGUCACAGACUUCCUCCUGUUCCUGGGGAAGCUGCUUAUUGUGGGCUCUGUGGGAAUCUUUGCCUUCUUCUUCUUCUCUGGGAGGAUACGGGCGAUCCAGGAGACGGCCCCCACCCUCAACUACUACUGGGUCCCCAUCCUGACCGUGGUGGUGGGGUCCUACCUCAUCGCUCACGGCUUCUUCAGCGUCUACGCCAUGUGUGUGGACACACUCUUCCUCUGCUUCUGCGAGGACCUGGAGCGUAACGACGGCUCUGAGGAACGGCCGUACUACAUGUCCCCGGAGCUCCACGAGAUUCUCAGCAAGACUGACGGACAGCCGCGGCGGGAGGGGGAGGAGCAGGAGGCGGAGCCGGAUAAGCCAGCCCCGCCCUCGCAGCUGGAAGGGGAGGAGAUUCAGCUGCAGCAGCAGCAGGCGCAGCAUCAGCGUCCCCGGUCGCACGAAAUGCAGGGCCCACAGGGCGGGACAGAGGACUGAGAGAGAGAGAGAGAGACGCAGUUGUCCAAAUUGCUGACUCCCUCCCUGGAUCCAGUUCUGCCCCUUGUUGUUUGCGUAUAAUCUGAGCCUGAGACUGUUAGGCCGGCAGCGUCUCCUCUGUCCGUUCGGCCAGCUGGACGUGGGGGGGGGGGGACCUGAAGUCCUGCAGUAUCUGAGGGUUUGUGUCUUCCCUUCAAUCAGUGCCCAGUUCAGGGUCUUGAAUCGAAGGAAUGUUUAGCCAAUCGGUGACUUUAAUCGCUUAUUAUAACUGAAAAACAGCAAAAAAACUUUAAAAAAAAAAAAAACAGUGGAUACUGUGGUCCUCAUGGACUUUUAGAGAAAAAGAGAGAAAACAGACCAGUAAGUUUGUCUGUUCCUCUGGUGCUGAUGGUAGCCCUGAGUGUGCCCCCCCCCUCCCCAGUUAGACGUUUUACACUACAGAGGGUGUUACAUUUUUUUAAACCUAGCCUCGCUCUCUGUGGAAGCAUCAUGCAGGUUAUGGCUGCAAUGGCAGACGUCCACAGACUGCAUGUCCACAAAUAUUUUUAAAAAGCACUUUUGUUUACGUCUCCCUACCGCCCAAGAUGCCUUGCGUUGAUUGCACCAAGGACACCCACAGAAACUGAAUUUGUCAUCUGAUCCUGCAGCCAUCUUGUGUUUAGUGAGAACAGAAGAACGGGCAGAUAAAACUGGUCGGGGAACUUGUCAGUAGUGUCUUAGGUUUUGGUUGGGCUGAAAGAGUACGGUCAUUAUACAGAACUAUCACAGGGUGUGCUUAAGGCUGCUUUUUAGUCUAUUCUGAAGAUACUGGGGAGAAAAAAAAUUAUCUGUUCACGUGCCUGAAAAUGAUUUGACUUUGUAUUUAUCGUGUUGAUAUAUGCAACACAACUACUUCUCGCGAACUCCAUGUUUACAGUUUCUAAAGCUAAACUCGAAGGGACUGCCUUAUAGUUACUGUUUAUGCUUAUCCUGUUACUGAACUAAGCCAAAUGUCACACCCCUCCCCCCCAUUUUUUAGGAAAUGCUGAAACGAUUGUGGAAUUUAAUUCAGACUCUUCUGCUCAAUCUCCAGUCCACGUAGCAGAUCCCAGCGAAAGCUGGGUUGUUGUUUUUUUUUUUUUUUUUUCUCCUAACGUGAUACAAUCAGACACCUCCUUGCCUUGGGUCUUCCUGACUGCCGGAAGGGGUUGUGUCCCCGCAUGACACAACUUCCUGCACUGUUCUGGCCCCGUGCCAUGACCACUUCCUGUCCCGUUCCUUCUCUCUGUCUCUGUCGCAUGCCAGUAACAUCUUUCCUACUCUUUAUUAAAGAUACAAGUCUUU